AUGACUGCCUCCUUGCGGAUCCAGCUGGAUCCCAACCUCACCGCUACUGGCUCCGUCACCAUCAAAGCCACCAUCCACAACCCCAGCGACACCCCCAUCACCUUCCUCACCUGGUCCACCCCGAUGGACCCGAACGCAGGCAUCCUCGGCGUCUUCGAGAUCCGUGACACAGACACCGGCGAUCUUGUCCCCCUCCCCACCAUCCACAUGUCGCGCCGCGGGCCUCCCUUCGUCGACGACCUAAACGAAGUCCCCGCCAAUGGCAGCAUCACAGCACAAGUCGACCUGCCGUGCGUUCCGCUCGUCCACGGCCACCAUUACACCAUCCAAGCCAAAGGCACAUGGCAUGCCCUCUGGAAGGGUCCGAUCGAGCGCGUGACCAACCACCACCUGGAGAAUCUGAUCGAAGCCGAACGCGGCGAGUUUGAAUCGGAAAUCGGCUUGCUGGUUUGGGAUUAGGAUGCCUGUAUUCCUC